AUUGCUCUGUUUCAUAUUAUAUUUGGCUAACAAUUGUGUGUUUCGUGAAAAAUUGUGUAAAUAACGCGUACACUACAACUGCAUAUAAUUGGUCUCCAUUUCAAUUUUGUUGACGUCGCCGUCUGUUGUCAUCGUCUUGUGACUGUGUCGGGCAUAUAAAAAGAAAGUCGUAAAAUAUAUAAAACUAGCUGGGAGGAGUAGUUGUCGUUGUUUCUUGGAGCCCCACACUCACACAUAUAUAUAAUAGAAACACUAUACACUAAACACUAUAUACACACACCUACACAGACACACGCACACACACUCAACAAACACGGACUAGCUAACUGCAGCAAGCGCAACGCACAGAGCGGAGAGAAGAAGUAUUGCAGCAGUGAGAAAACAAAAAGACGAUAUGCAGGUCAAUGUCGCCGGACUACGAAGAAACAUCAAAAAUCUCGCGCACAACUAUUCGGAUGCACAGGUUAAGGUGCGCGAGGCAACUUCCAAUGAUCCAUGGGGGCCAUCGGCCACAAUUAUGGCCGAAAUAGCCGACUUGACGUACAAUGUUGUUGCCUUUUCGGAGAUAAUGCAAAUGAUAUGGAAACGCUUGAAUGACCAUGGCAAGAAUUGGCGGCAUGUCUAUAAGGCGCUCAUACUGCUCGAGUAUCUGAUUAAAACGGGCACAGAGAAGGUGGCCCAGCAGUGCAAGGAGAAUAUAUUUGCCAUACAAACGUUGCGUGAGUUUGUCUACUUUGAGGAGGGCAAGGAUCAGGGCACGCAUGUGCGCGAGAAGGCCAAACAAUUGGUAAACCUGCUCAAGGACGAUGAAAGGCUCAAGAACGAGCGUGUUAAGGCGUUGAAAGCCAAAGAGCGCUUUGCUCUACAUCCGAGUGGCUUUGGCAGCGAUGGGUACAUUGAUGGACCCUCACAGCGUGACAUGCCGCCGGGCUGGCAAGAGGAGCCGCCCAAAAAUGCAUCCGAGCUGGAAAUGGUACGUCCACAAACCGCUGGUGAGGAGGAGCUGCAGUUGCAGCUUGCGAUGGCCAUGUCGCGGGAGGAAGCCGAACAGGAAGAAGCCAAAAGGCGCAGCGACGAUGUGCGUCUGCAAUUAGCACUCAGCCAGAGCGAGCAGGACUUCAAGGAUUCAAGUGGCCGACCCAUACCGGCGCCUAAGAAGGAGGAGCAACAGAGCCAUUUGCUAGACUUGCUGGACAUCUCGCUGGGCGCGACAAGCAUUUCGAGUCCACCAAUGGGCGCUGCUGGCGGCGCCGCUGCUGUUGUCGAUCCCUGGGCUGCACCCUCUAACCGUGCAGCUAGUCAACUGUCAGAUCCUUGGGCUGGCGCUGCCGCCUCGCCCCAUGUCGAUCCGUGGCAUCCCGCGGCUGCUCCACGUACGAUUAUGAGUGCAGGUGUGCCGCUAGGAGCAGCUGCGCAGGCGCCGCCUCAACCUAUUAGCGCAACUGGCGAUGCUUGGGGCCUGCGCACACAGUCGCCAUCCUUGGCGUCUGGCUCCUCCAACGAGGGCUGGCUACAAACGAAUGGCAAUGCCAACCAAAAUGGUCGUAUAGCUGCACCAGCGCCUGUGGACGCGUGGUUGACAAAAACAGCAGUCAGCCCCGUAUUGGCAGCUGCUCCAACCACAACACAUGCGGCGAGCAAUGGUAGCUCUGGGGAUCCUUGGCUGAGUGAAGUACAGCCAGCAGCAGCUGCAGCGCCAGCUGCUUCUGCCGAUCCCUGGGCAGCAGCACAACCAAGUGCAGCUACCUUAGAUGAUCCUUGGAAGGCAAUGCAAACAGGCGCCAUUAAGAAACAAUCACCCGACUUUGAUGAGUUUGAUUUGAUCACCAAUCGCAAUAAAAGUGCCGAACACAACAAUUCGAAUGCCUCCAAUAACAACAAUGCUUCGCUGCUGGACGAUAUGGAUCCGCUUUCGACAAACUAUGGCAACAACAGCGGCUCAAUGCAUCCAUCAACAGGAGCCACCACAAAGAAGCCCUAUCGUGAUCCGCUUGCAUUCCUUGGCGAAAAUUCAGCGCUGGUCAAUUUGGAUAAUCUAAUUAAGCCAAAUACGCCGCAGACACAGUCAGGACUUGCGCCCGCCUACAAUCCAUUUGCGGACAACGUGAUGCCACCCAAAACGAAUCUAUUCCAGCAGCAGCAGCCAGCCGUGCCGUCCAUCAAUCAAUUGAAACAACAGCCGCCCUUUCCCGUCAACAUGAAUCAGGAUCCAUGGGCGCCGGUUACCGGUGGAGUCAGUGCAGCCUCCCAGCAGAUGUUCUUCAACGCCAGCAAUAAUAAUAACAACAACAGCAAGAACAACAACAACAAUCCACAGAGCGACAACAACAAUGCCUAUACUCAUAGCUAUGGUUACAAUAGUCCCCACAUUGACAAUAUACGCAACAUGGAUAUAUUGGGCGAAUCGCCAUUGCAGCAUUCAUAUUUUGUCAGCCCCUCGGCCCCAUCGCCCUCUAUUCAGUUUGGGAGCAGCAGUUACAACACUCCUAGCUAUUCUCCCUAUACGCAUAGCUACAGCAGCGCCCUUUCAGAAUCAUUGGCCGAUACGCCAGGCGUGAGCAUUUCACCAUUGAGCUAUGAGAGCAGCCAAAUGGCGCACCCUAGUGGCAUCUAUGGCAAUCCAAAUGAAACCAUGGGCGGCAACUACUACAAAUUGGAACAAAACAACAACAUGCCGUGGAUAAAGCCGGAGGCAGCCGCAACGAAUCCGUUUUUGUCAUAAGGAGUCAAUCAAUCAAUCAACACAAUAAUAUUAAUCAGCAGCAUGAGCAACAGCAGCAACUAAUAGCAGCUAACACCACAACAGCAACCACACUUUGACGGGGUACAGGAACACGAAGAAGAACAACAACAACCAUAGAGUAGCAAUAGAAGCAAACUGAAAAUAUGAAAUAACUAAAAACAAAAUUAUGUGUAAGAAAGUAUUAUUAAACUGUAAAAUAUGUGAUGUGUUGUUUCAGUAAACAAC